GGUGUGGUUUGGAUUUGAUCCGCGGGCGUGGCGCUGUUUGGUUUGAUAUAAAGACACUUUGACAAAAUCCUCCUCCACAGCAUCUUUUCAUCCAUAUUCUCUCUGAAUCCCUGAAAAACAAAGGCAGCCAUGAGUCUCUCAGCGAAAGACAAGACCCUGGUGAAAAACCUGUGGUCCAAAGCUGAGGGGAAGGUCGGUGAGAUCGGAGCCGAGGCUCUGGGCAGGAUGUUGGUGUCCUCCCCGCAGACCAAGACCUACUUCUCAGAGUGGGGGACUGAUCUGACUCCUCAGAACUCUCAGGUGAAGAAACACGGAGGGGUGAUCAUGGGAGCCGUGGGCAUGGCCGUGAAAAACAUCGAUAAUCUCACCGCGGCGCUGAGCAGCCUCAGUGAGCUGCAUGCCUACAAGCUCAGGGUGGAUCCCUCCAACUUCAAGAUCCUGGCCCACAACAUCAUCCUGGUCAUGGCCAUGUACUUCCCCAACGACUUCACCGCAGAGGUCCAUGUCUCCUUCGACAAGUUCCUGAACUGCCUGGCCUGGGCUCUAUCUGAGAAGUACCGCUAAAGCUGGAGCCAGGCGGCAGCACCCACUGACCUCACAUGUGGCGCAUCUGCGUCCCACAGUGUCCAGCAACACUGUCUCUAUGUAGUGGGCUUGUUCAAUAAAAAGACAAACAUAAAAAAAA